CCACAUUCGUCGACUAGAGUUCAAUUUUGUUCAUUGCCGGUGAAGGAAGUGCUGUUUACAAAAAUAAAUAAGUCAAAGUAAAAGUAAAAGAAAAAGAAAAUCAAUUUAAAGUGAAAAAAUAUAAAUAAGUGUAAUAAAGCUACAAGGACAAGUAGCUCUAAAAUCAAUUUUUAAAAACAGUAAUACAAAAAACACACAAAAUUACUAACAUGGGUGACCGACCAAAACGUCCUCUUUCCGCCUACAUGCUUUGGCUCAACAGUGCCCGCGAAGGUAUCAAAAAAGAAAACCCCGGCAUUAAAGUAACAGAAGUUGCAAAGAAGGGGGGUGAACUCUGGAGGGGCAUGAAGGAUAAGUCUGAAUGGGAGGCAAAGGCAGCCAAGUGCAAGGAAGAUUACGAAGAAGCAGUCCGCGAAUUCGAAGCCAACGGUGGUUCCAAGUCAAAUGGUGCAGCGACUAAGAAGCGCGGCAAGGUCACAAAAAAAGCAGCGCCGAAGAAGAGCAAGAAGGAUGCGUCCGAUGACGAUGAUGAAGAUGAGAGCGAAUAGACAUUUGCCUUAUCUCUCAUCCUCUCCCCCUCCAUCAUCAUUUAAAGAAUAAAGAAAAAACACACUCCAAAAAAAGUAAAAAAAAAAAAUAUUACAUAAAUAAAAAGUUACAAAAAAAAAUCAUAAAAUACUUAAAAAAAACUCUUUAAAACAAACACGAUUGUUUAAUUAAUUUUAUAAUAAUAUUAAUAUAAUUAAUUAUUAAUUUGAAGAGAAAAAGAGAAAAGCGGUACGAAGUUUGUGUUGUGUGUUUCUUCUCACUCCCAAAUAUUAACAAAAACAAAAAAAAACAACGCAGAAAGGAAACUGAGCAUUUAUGUUUUUAACUGUUUGACUAUUCAUAAAAAUGCAUAAAUAAUAAAAUAAUUUGUCUUAAAUUUUCGUCAAAAUGUAUGAUUGUCGAAAAUCUAUUUGAAUAAAAAAUAAACUUAUUAAAAAUAUCGAUAAUUUCUACCUUAAAUGUUUAAAUAAGGAAUAAAGUUGUUGUCGGGCACUUCUGCCCCAAAAACAAAAUUUUAUAAUAAUUUGACUUUGUUUUGUCGUAUCAUUCCAAAGAACACAAAGCAACAAAAAAAAAAAUAACAAGAAAAUAAAAAAUGCAUUUACUCUUAAUCUAACAAAUUAUCAAUAUUUGAAAACAAAACAAAAAAUAAAUGUAUUAACAUGAAAAUAAACAACAACAACAAACCUGAAGUACAAAACCGCUCAGGAUCAUUUAUCUUCUCUGUAUUCUCUAGUUAAAAAACAAAUUAUAAACAUAUACAAAAACAUAACAAAUUUAUAACCCCCAAACCAAGACAAAGUUUAUUAACAAGAUUAAUUUCAGACGACAAAAACUGUUUUUAAUUUUAGUUCUUGAAUUUUUCAUUUCAAUAUUUUCUU